AUGGAAACUGUAAUUUCUCAAGAAAUUGAUCCCAAUAUGAUUGUACUUUCAAAAACUGAAUCAAUCGUUAUUUCAUCAAAUAAGAAACAUGUCGUUACUCAACAUGCCGAAGAUUCAUUGGCUAUAUGGGACGUUGAUAUUGAUACUAAAACAAUCAAAUUUGUGAACAAAAUAAAUAGUAGGGGCAAGAUACUAGAAUUAUCAAACGAUAAAUUAUUGAUUUUUGGAGAUGGAUAUGAUAGAUUUAUCGGAACUAUUGAACCGCAUGAAGAAAUAGAAAUUCAUAAAAACUCGCAUAACUUCAUUUAUGCAAGUUUUCUUCCAAAUGGAGACCUUUUAACAAUAGAUGGUCAGGAUAUAUACGUAUACGUAAAUUCAAAGGAAACUUUAAAAAAAUCAAAAACAACGUGCUCAUAUAAAUUAACGUGUUAUGUCACGAUGAUCAAACCUAAUCAUGGUGAUGAUGGUGUUAAAUAUAAGUCAAGACAUGAAGAAGCCACAAAUCAGGUGAUCCUUAUAGGAGAGAAGGAGGCCAAAGAAGGGUGUCAAAGUGAAGCUCCCAUCACCUCACUUCUCUCAGAAAAAAGUGAUGAUAUAGUAUAA